UAUAUGUAUAUAUAAAUGAACAGUUUACAGGUGUCCUGGUUUCAGUGUUUUAUUGUUUCAUUUCACUGCCCAUAAAUCUCACAAACUGAAACAGUUUAAAGUUUGAAGAAGAGUUGAAAAGGAUUUAGCAGGAGAGAUUUGGUUUUUCAUCCUCAGUGGGAUUCAAAGAUCUAGCAAGAGCUUUGGUUUUUCAUCUCAGAGGAGGCUCAAAGCGUUCCUGAGUUCCUGACAAGAGAAAUCAAUCAACCAUAGUUCCUUGUUUCAAGAUGGCUGCAAGAAAUCUUCAGCAAUUGUUCCUCUUUGCAAUGGUUAUCAUUUGUUUAGUAUGGUUCUCCAAUGCAUACAAUCCUGUAGAUAACUAUCUCAUAAACUGUGGUUCAUCGUCAAGCAAAAUCAUCGGCUCAAGAAAUUUCUCUGCCGAUAUAUCCCUCUCUUGGACCUUGACAGCCCCUAAAAGCAUCAUGGCCAAUACCUCAUCAAAUUCAGUAUCAUCCUUUGACACCCCGGCCUUAUACGAAACUGCUCGCAUCUUCACCGGAGCCUCAUCCUACACAUUCCCUAUUAAGCGCCAGGGUAGACACUUUGUUCGCCUUUACUUCUUCCCCUUCAUCUACCAAAACAUCAAUCUCACAAGUGCCAACUUUACUGUAUCGACACAAGACAUCGUCCUCAUUUAUGGCUAUCCAACACAAGAAGGUGCUACAGCAGUGCGGAAAGAGUACUCAGUGAACAUAGCACACGACCAACUCAUCAUCUCCUUCGCACCGUUGUCAAAUACUUCCCUUGCUUUCGUAAAUGCAAUUGAAGUUGUUUCAGUUCCCAGCAAUCUGAUCAAUGACACUGCAACGAUUGUAAAUCCACAAAGUGAGUAUCAGGGUUUAUCAGAACAAGCAUUUGAGACGGUUUAUAGGAUAAACAUGGGUGGUCCAUAUGUUGGCCCUGAGAAUGAUACUCUCUGGAGGAUUUGGGUUCCUGACAAGAAAUUCAUUCUUAAUGAACAUUUUGCUGUACCUAAGUCAUACUCUGGAAGCAUUUUUCGCGAAGGAGGAGAAACCCCGGAAAUUGCUCCUGAUGUUAUCUAUAACACGGCGACAGAGCUAGCUCCAACAAAUACUUCCAUUGCUCGUUUUAAUGUGACAUGGCAGUUUGAUGCGGAUGCUGGUUCCACCUACUUUUUACGGUUGCAUUUCUGUGACAUUGUUAGCAAUGCUUUGUUUGAGCUCUACUUUGAUAUUUAUAUCAAUACAUAUAUGGCCGUAAGUGAUGUUGAUCUCUCCACAAUUAAUUCGAAUAUGUUGGCUGCUGCUUGUUAUAUGGAUUUUGUCAUGACAAUGACUGAUAGCUCGAGUAACCUUACUGUUAGCAUUGGCCCCUCGAAUUUGCCCAAUGUUCUGCCUGAUGGCAUUCUUAAUGGUCUUGAGAUUCUAAAGAUGAGAAGCAAUGGAAAUGUUACUGUUGUAUCACCACCCAGUUCGAAGGCUGAUGUUGGUGUCAUUGUUGGUGCAGUAAUUGGUGGUGCUUUGGCUGUGGUGAUUGUAGUUGCUUGUGUUGUUUGCAUAAUGAUUAGGAGAAAGAAAGCCGGGAAAAAGCAACCGUCGAAGACUUGGUCACCACUCUCCAUAAAUGGGAUAAUGUCACAGAGCUUGGGAAGUGGACUUUCUGAUGGAACUAAUGCUAGAAUGGCACUGAAUGCAAACUUUGGUUUUCGAUUCUCCAUUUCUGCACUGCAAGAAGCAACAAACAACUUUGAUGAGAGUUGUGUUAUUGGAGUUGGAGGUUUCGGUAAGGUCUACAAGGGUGUUCUAAAAGAUGACACUGAAGUGGCGGUGAAGCGGGGUAACCCGAAAUCUCAACAAGGCCUUAAUGAGUUUCACACUGAGAUUGAACUGCUAUCGAGACUGCGCCAUCGUCACUUGGUUUCUCUAAUUGGUUAUUGUGAUGAGCGGAAUGAGAUGAUUCUUGUGUAUGAGUACAUGGAGAAUGGGACUUUGAAGAACCAUCUCUAUGGUUCGAACCUCCCUGCACUCAGCUGGAAACAGAGGCUGGAGGUUUGUAUCGGCUCAGCAAGAGGACUUCAUUACCUUCAUACCGGGCAGGCAAAAGCGGUCAUCCACCGUGAUGUCAAAUCUGCAAACAUCCUACUUGACAAGAACCUCAUGGCAAAGGUGGCAGAUUUCGGGUUGUCGAAAGCUGGGCCUGAAUUGGAUCAGACUCAUGUUAGUACAGCAGUGAAGGGGAGUUUCGGGUAUCUUGAUCCUGAGUACUACAGAAGACAACAGCUGACAGAUAAAUCUGAUGUGUAUUCAUUCGGAGUGGUAUUGCUUGAAGUGCUUUGUGCUAGACCGGUUAUCGAUCCCACACUCCCAAGGGAAAUGGUAAAUCUGGCAGAAUGGGCGAUCAAGUAUCAGAACAGAGGUGAGUUGGAUCAAAUAGUUGAUUCCCGUAUUGCAAGAACGAUAAGGCCGGAUUCUCUGAGGAAGUUCGGUGAGACAGUGGAGAAAUGCCUGGCGGACUGCGGGGUGGAUCGGCCAGCCAUGGGUGAUGUGCUGUGGAAUCUGGAGUAUGUGUUGCAGCUGCAAGAGGUGGAUGGAGGCACCGAGGUGAAUAGCAUCAAUCGAAUUUCCGGGCUUCCUACACAGAUGCACCACAUGAGCAUGUUUGAGAGUGAAACUGUGCAUGAGUCUGGUACCAGUGACAGCUCUGAUGUCUCAAUGAGCAAAGUGUUCUCACAGUUGUUCCAGUCUCAGGGAAGGUAGUUUGCCUCAGCUUUGCUCAUACCAUGUUUCAAUAGCUUUUUUUGAUGUCUUUGGUUUUGUUCUUUCAUGUAUGUGAAUAUAAUAAUGUCUACAGUGUUCUUUGUGCUUGGAACACCAUUAACAAAGAAAAUGGCAUGCCCAAUUCCUUCUUUUAAAUUAUAAA